AUGGCGGCGGUGCAGGUGUCCUUCCCGGAGGCGACGCGGGCGCUGCUGGAGGCGCUGAACCGGCAGCGGGUGGAGGGCCAGCUGUGCGACCUGACCAUCCGCGUGCAGGGCCGGGUCUUCCGGGCGCACCGGGCGGUGCUGGCCGCCUGCUCGCCCUACUUCCACGACCAGGUGCUGCUGAAGGACCUGAGCGCCGUGGAGCUGCCCAGCGUCAUGGACCCGGCCGCCUUCGAGCUGGUGCUGGGCUCGGCCUACACGGGGCGGCUCCGCAUGGCCCGCGACGACCUGGUCAACUUCCUGACGGUCGGCAGCGUCCUCCAGAUGUGGCACAUCGUCGACAAGUGCACGGAGCUGCUCAAGGAGCGCCAGCGCCGCCCCGACCCAGCCCAGGACGCCACCGCCGACGCCGACGCCUCCUCCUCCGCGGGGCCCGGCGGCGGCGGCGGCGGCGGCGGCGGGGAGAGCCAGUCGCCCAGCAGCAGCAGCUACUUCAGCCCCCGCCGCGACGGGCACGAGCAGCCCCGCGUUGUGGGAGGAGGAGGCGGCGGCGGCGGCGAUCGGGACGGCGGGGGGCUCCGCCGGGCCGCCCCCCGGCGCCUCCGCCCGCCCGCCCCCUUCGCCCGCAAGAGCGCGCCCGAGCCGGACGACGAGGAGGGCGGCGGCGGGGAGCCCGGCAGCAGCGAGGCCCUCCGGCCGGCCUACCUACAUCGGCCCAGCGUCGUCCCGCAGCGGCAGUGGGCGCCGGUGAAGGAGGAGCGGGGCGGGCGGGGCGGCCCGGAGGAGGAGGAGGAAGAGGAGGAGGAGGAGGAGGAGGAAGGGCUGGUGCUGACUUGCGAGGAAGACGAGGAGCCGGCCGAGCCUGCCGCCCUCAGCAUCAGCGACGUCCGGACGCUAAGCGAGGCGCCCCUGCCGGAGGAGCAGGUCAACUUCUGCGAGUCCUCCCAGGACGUGGGCUUCCCCCCGGCGCCUCCCCCCCCUGCGCCUCGGGCCCUCCUGCCCCUGGACCUGCAGGGGAGCCCCCUGCUGCUCUUCCCGGCGGGGGCCGCGGGGACGUCCGGGCCGCCCCCGUCGUCGGUGGUGGAGCACGGGGCGGUGCAGCUGUCGGGGGCCUCCGGGGAGGGCAACAAGAUCUUCCUGUGCCACUGCGGGAAGGCCUUCUCCCACAAGAGCAUGCGCGACCGGCACGUCAACAUGCACCUCAACCUCCGGCCCUUCGACUGCCCCGUCUGCAACAAGAAGUUCAAGAUGAAGCACCACCUGACGGAGCACAUGAAGACCCACACGGGGCUGAAGCCCUACCAGUGCCAGGUCUGCGCCAAGAAGUUCAUGUGGAGGGACAGCUUCAUGCGCCACAAGGGCCACUGCGAGAGGCGCCACCGCCUGGGCGGAGGAGGAGGAGGGGGAGCCCCCUCGGGAGGGCCUGCCCUGCCCACCAAGAAGGAGGCCUCGCCCUCCCGCCUCCCUGGCGAGGCCGAGUGGGCCGUGGGACUGUCCCCCCGCAGCGAACUGGGCUUUGCAGGCAGCAGCAGCAGCAAGAUGUGACGAGCUCCCUGCGAGGAAGGCCCUCCUGGCCCCCCUUCCUUCCCCCCCUGGCCGACACUGCCGUGGGCUGCCCUUCCCUGGACGGGCCCUGCGGCUUCCCCUCCUCGGGGUCUGGCUCCUGCGAGGGAAACCCCCCCUUUGGCCUGCCUUCCCAUCCUGCAAUGGGCCCAACCCUGGGACGGGGGGGGGGGUCUUGUUAGAGCCAGGUGCCAGCUGAAUCGUCUUUGGGGGGAAGAGGGGGAUGCUCAACGCCCCCCCUGGGCCAUUUGCACAGGGGUGUGUGAGUGUCUCAUUGUUGUAAAAGCCGCCUCCUCUCCCCCCUCUGUCUGUCUGUCUCGGGAUGCGGACGUUUGGGGAAGAGCCCCUCCUUUCCCCAGGAAGGGGUCCCGCGGGGGCCGGAUGCCCAACUGUGUGUCCGGAUGCCCAACUGUGUGUCCAGAGAAGUGGCCAGUCACUCUAGAAACACCCCCCCCCAAAAAAAGCUGGACUUUGCUCUGGUCCUGUGCCACUGCGGGAAGGCCUUCUCCCACAAGAGCAUGCGCGACCGGCACGUCAACACGCACCUCAACCUCC